AUGUCUGGGUACAGUAUGAGCAUCGACAAGUUCACAGGGAGAAACAGUUUCAGUCUCUGGCAGAUCAAGAUGCAAGCGUUGCUGAAGCAACAAGGCUUGUGGGUGGCGCUGUUGAAAGACAAGGGCGAUGCUGCUGCGAUGACGAGUCUGGAGGAGAAGGCACACGCAACGAUUUUGCUAUGUCUUGCAGACGAUGUCAUCAUCGAGGUUUCUAGUGAAACAACUGCUGCUGGUCUGUGGGGGAAGUUAGAGUCGUUGUACAUGACAAAAUCUCUAACGAAUAAGCUGCUUCUGAAGCAACGUCUGUUCGCUCUAAGAAUGGAUGAAGUAUCCCUACCGUUAUCUUAUGAGCACUAUGUGCAGUCAUUCAUAAAUGGUAAGGAUACUAUAACGCUGGAAGAAGUCAGAUCGUCACUUCACAGCAGGGAAUUGCGCCAUCAAGCAUCUGGUACAGAUACAUACAAUCAAGCUGCUGGACUGUUUGUCAGUGGGGGUAGAGGACAUAGAAGAGAUAACAAGAAGUUUUCUUCAAAGGGUCCCAAACCAGAUGAUGUAUGUAACUACUGUAAGGAGAUUGGACAUUGGAAAUCAGAUUGUCCAAAGAAGAAGAAGAAGCAAUCUGAGUUUGCAGCUGUAGCUGAAGGUGACAACAUGUCUGAGGAAGAUAUUGCUCUUGUUGCUGCUGGAGACACACAUCAAUCUGAUGCAUGGGUUCUAGACACAGGAGCAUCCUGUCAUAUGUGUCCACGGAGAGAAUGGUUCUCCACAUACGAGCAUGUAGAGAGUGAUAGCAUCAAAAUGGCUAACAAUGAUGCAUGCAAGGUUGCUGGGAUUGGUUCCAUCAAGAUCAGGACACAUGAUGGUAAAUUCUGCACAUUGAAGGAAGUUAGGCAUGUCCCAUCGAUGUCAAUGAAUUUGAUAUCACUAAGUUUGCUUGAUAGUAGAGGCUUCAAGUACUCUGGCGGAGAUGGUGUUCUGAAUAUCUUCAAAGAUUCUGAUGUGAUGUUGAAGGGUAUCCUACAUGGUACAUUGUACUUGUUGCAAGGUUCAACAACCACAUAUAGAGAAGAUGUUCCACGUUUAGAAGCUGACAAAUGGCUAGCUGCAAUUGGAGACGAGAUUGAGUCCCUUGAAGAGAAUCAAACAUGGGUUCCAGUCACACCACCAGUACGAAGCAAAACUACAACUUACAAGUUGGUCUUCAAGGUGAAGAAGCGUCUCGCUCGAAUGAGCUUCUAG